GGCUUGAAGUCACUGCUGCUCAGACAUCUGUGGCCUUCAGACACCGACAGCUUCUCUCUGGCCAGCUAAUUUUAGUGUGAUUCUCCAGCCCUAAAACAUCUUAGGUUCACUGUGAUCCUUGGAGACUCCUCUGCAUUUGAGCUGAGAUGGAAUCAACCACAGUUAUGACAGUGGCAACACCAACCAUAGACUACUGGUCAUACUACGGGUCUCAAACCCCACCUGAACCCUGUGACAGAUCUGCUGAGAAUAUUUUUGGAGCUUACCUAUCCACGCUCUAUUACAUUGUCUUCUUCUUCAGUGUCUUUGGUAACAUAUUGGUCCUGGUGAUCAUCCAUCGGUUUGAGAGGCUGACCACUGUGACCAACAUCUUACUACUGAACCUGGUGUUAUCAUCCCUGAUCUUCGUGAGCAGCCUCCCCUUCCUGGCAGUCUACCAGCAGCUGACCAACUGGAUCUUCGGCGACGCCAUGUGCAAGAUUGUCGGCAGCGUCUACUACCUGGGCUUUUACAGCUCUGUCCUCUUUCUGACUCUUCUGACCUUUGACCGACACCUCGCAGUCGUGUACUCUUUGGGUGCGCCCCGAAUGAGAAAUCGGCGCUAUGCGAUCAUCUCAUGUGGCGCGGUGUGGCUGGUCAGCGGCCUUGCGAGUAUGAAAGAGAUGCUUCUCCAUUCCGCGGAUGUUAAUCCCAUUGACAACAACACGUACUGCCAGGACAAUGGGAGGAACCUUUAUUCAGUUCACGUGGAUCGCCUAAGGGAAUCUGGAUUUUACAUCCAGCUCUUCCUUUUCUUGAUCUUCCCUCUGGUUGUUGUUACCUACUGCUAUGUUAGGAUUGUGAUCACUGUCCUGUCAUCCAAAAUUGUAACCAAGUUCAAGACGGUCAGGUUAAUAUUCUGUAUUGUCCUGUUGUUUUUUGUGUGCUGGACCCCUUACAACGUUGCACUGCUGUUGCAAUACCAAGCCCCGAAGCAAGAAGGAGGAAAUUGUGAGGAUUUGGCAAGAAUGUCCUACACUCUUCAUUUCACUCGUAACCUUACCUACAUCUACUUCUGCAUCAGUCCCAUCUUUUACACAUUUGUAGGAAAAAAGUUCCAGAACUAUUUCAGACUGAUGCUGGUGAAACGUUUCCCAAGUUUAAAGAAACAUGUUUCAGUCAGUCACCACAGUGCGACCAAUAUGUCUACAAAAAGUACUGGUAAUGGGCUUUAAGAAGGGAAAGGCUUAGUUGAUAUGGUAUGAAAGGAGAGAAGAAAAUAUGUCAGAAUUCAGCAGCAUCCUUUAAAGAACUAAAGCUGAAACAUAGUUUUGCAAUAUUCUACUGAAAAACAGUGACAAUGCACAAAAGUGUACUGAUAAUUAUCAGUAUUGAGUGCUUGUAUGUUGCUAAUUGACUCUUUAAAUGUCACCAAUGUGUUUUAAAACAAAAAUACACAGCUCCAAAUCUUUAAACCCAUUUAUUGUGGAGCAUAACAAAUAAUUAAAAUUUAAGACUUAACCAAGGACUUUUGCAUAGAUUGAACAGAGUUUUAUGGCUGAAUUGUGCAUUACAUCUCAUUUAUCGACAAACCCCAUUCCAAAAAAAGUUUGAGUGCGGUGUAAAUUGUAAAUAAAAAUAGAAUGCAAUAAUAAAGCUGUAUUUUAUUCACAAUAGAUCACAAACAACAUCAGAUGUUGAAUCUGAGACAUUUUACCAUUUCAUGCAGGGAUUUCAGUACAGAAUCAUGUCUGUUUUAAACUACAGUUCCACCUGAGGGCCCGUAGAUCACAAGCAUCCAUAAUCCAUAAUAAUGACCUUUGGCCUUGUCCCUUGUGCAUAGACAUUCCUCCAGAUCCUUUUAAUGAUAUAAUGACUGUAGAUGUUGGGAUAUUUAAAAUCUUUGCAGUGUCACAUAGAGAAACAUUUUUCUGAAACUGUUCCACAAUUUUAAAUGUAGUUUUUCACAGAUUGGUAAGCCUCUUUCCAUCUUUACUUCUGACAGACUCCCUCUCUAAAAUGCCCUUUUUAUAUCCAGUCAUGUUACUGGAUUGUUGCCAAUUAACCCAAUUAGUUGCAAAAUGCCCCUUCAGCUGCUUUUCAUCAAAACCACUUACUUUUCCAGCCUUUUCUAUUGUGAAUGAAAUAUGGGUUUUUGAGAUUUGAAAAAUCACAGCAUUCUUUUUGUUUUACAUUUUUCACAACGUCCAAUCUUUUUUUGGAAUUGGGGUUGUAGAUACAGUGCAACUUGAUUGCACAGUUUAGAUCUGUUAUUCUGGUCAUUAAGGGGGGCUGAUACAACAAUAUUCCAAGAGAAAACAGAAUUUGUGAGCAGUGAGAUCUUUAUGGGAAGUGAGUCUCAGUUUCUUUUGCGCUAUGCAAAUUAUGAUGAUUUAAGAGAGUUAUUGCUUCAUGAUAGGACUGAACAUUAUUGGAUAAAAGCAGACAUCGUGAUAGUUUUUCUUUCUGUGAUAUAUUAUGCAUGUCUUAUAUUUUUAAAAGGAAAUUGAGCCAGGUAAAUGUAUUGCAUUUUUAUUAUAUUGCAAUGUAAAUUAUUUUAUUUCUUAUUAGGGUUUUAGAGUAACUUUAAGACUUCUAAUACCAUACUGUAAAGUCCUGUGACCGCAGCUUGCUCACUUCAGUCAUUUUACAUUUUAUUUAUUCUGAACUGUAUCAGACGUAUUCAACAUAUCAAUGCCGCCUAGCUACAGUGCUUAACAUAUUUAUUAGACGUUUUAUUAAAGUAAGGUUUAUGCCACAGCUGCCCUAAAUUAAUGGCAUUGGUAAUUACAAAAUUAUUUUUUUAUGUUUCUGCAAUGGUUAAUUCACCAAUAUGUAGAAGCUCUUUAA